CUACUCGUGGCCACUGUGUAAUUUCGUACGCUUCCCCUCUCUACUCAUUUUUUCUUAAAAAGUUAAUUACUCCGAUCGUGUCUCUCUAGAAAUGGCAGGCCGUGGAAAAACUCUCGGAUCCGGAGUUGCCAAGAAGGCGACGUCUCGGAGCAGCAAAGCCGGUCUCCAGUUCCCCGUCGGUCGUAUCGCAAGAUUCUUGAAGAACGGCAAAUACGCCGAGCGUGUCGGUGCCGGAGCUCCGGUCUACUUAGCCGCCGUUCUCGAAUACCUCGCCGCAGAGGUUCUUGAAUUGGCGGGAAACGCAGCGAGGGACAACAAGAAGACGAGGAUCGUGCCGCGACACAUUCAGUUGGCGGUGAGGAACGAUGAGGAGCUGAGCAAGUUGCUUGGGGAUGUGACGAUUGCGAACGGAGGUGUGAUGCCCAACAUUCAUAACCUUCUUCUUCCUAAGAAGGCCGGUGGUGCUUCCAAACCUUCCGGUGAUGACGAUGAGUAGAAUCUCUGGUUCUGUUGUUGUUGUUGUUUGAAGAUGGUUCAAUGUGUAGCGUUUAGAUUUAGAUUAGGUCUUUGUUUUGUUUUCUCUCUAAUAGUUCAUUAGACCACGAUGUGGAGUGUUGUUUUCCUGUUGAAUGAAACCGUGUUGAUCUUGUUA